UUCCACAGUGAGCAUAUAGUAACAUACGAAAUCAAUACACUUCCACAUAAAAAUUUGACUAGUGAACUAUUAAAAAUGAGUGAUACUUUCACCGAUGCUGGUAAUUACAACAGAACUCCGGCUGCAUCAGGAAACGCCACUGCUGAUUCAUCGGUAAUAAGUAACGUCAAAGAAAUUUCUUACUAUGACGUGUCUGGUGAAAAAUAUUUGACAAUAUUCAAUCACUAUUGUUAUAAAAAUACCAGAUAUUUUCAAUAUAAAAAACCAUCAUCACGCAUUGGCACAAACGAAGAUGUCAAAAGAUUGACAAAUACAUUCCAAAAUAUGGAUUACAAAGUUACUUGUCAUGAUGAUAUGGACUAUGGCGAUAUUAUAGACAAAAUCAUAGAAAUAAGUAAGCAGGAUCAUAAAGAAACAUCAUGCCUGUGCUUUGCAUUUUUAACACAUGGGCUAAAAGGCGGGGAUCUCUUUGCAGCCGACCGACCUUAUCAGUUCAAAGAUGUGACAAUAUUACUUGAAAAUGGACAUCCAAGUCUCGUCGGCAAACCGAAGCUCUUUUUCAUUCAAGCAUGCAGGGGUGACCAGAUAGACAGUGGCCGAAAGGUGGUAAUUGAUGGACCUGAAGUGUCAGUAAACAUUCCUACUCACGCGGAUUUUUUGGUUUUGUACUCAAGUGUAGAAAAUUUCGUGUCCUAUAGAGAUAGAGAUGGUUCAUUCUUGGUCCAGGAACUCUGCGACAUUAUUGAAGAAUAUCACCAAGAGUGGGAUAUUUUGCAUAUUAUUACACUGGUGCAGAGAAGAAUAGCCUACUAUAGAGCAACAUUUUCGCCAGCAAACCUCUCUAUACAUGAGAAGAAACAAAUGCCCGAGACUCGUUUUUCUUUGACAAAAUUGUUUAAAUUUAGAAGUUAAGGAUAAAGAAAGAAAUGAAUAAAUAAAGAAUAAGUAAGAAAGAGAAUGUAAUUACAACGUUCUAAGAGACGAAACUUUAUACAUUAUUAUUUUAUAUUUACUUCAUGCAGGAUAUUUUUCGUAUA